CAGGACCCUGGGAUCAUGGCCUGAGCGAAAGGCGGACACCUGUGAGCACCUCUGGUGUGCCAGGUACUGUGCCCCCCAUGGGGUGGACGUUGCCCCCUGGGCACGAGGAGGCCGGACACAGGCUGGGCUGGAACCUCGGAGCCCUGAGGGUGGGACGGACGUCACGGGUGGCCUCCAGGCCAGCUCGCCUGGUCGUCUGUAAAUACUAACUGGGGGGCUGGGUCUGCAAGGGGAGGGGCCGCCUGGGACGGGUGGGAUCUCCGUACGUGUAGGGGGAGCAGCACACCUUGGACUCGGCGGCUCCGAAGCCAGACCCCGAGCAAUUCAUGGCACCGGUUACCGUACCCCACGUCCUCCUCGGGAUCUGGAGCCGCCUGGCGGGGCUUAAACAACAGCCCGACGCCCAGUUGCGGAGGCUGGAGGCCCAGAAUCAGGGUGGACAGGGUGGCUCCUCCUGGAGCUUCUGCGGGAGUCGGUUCCAGGCCUUUCUCCCAGCUGCCCGGGUCGGGGAGGCCUUGGUGUUUCCUGGCUCUCAGACACGACAGUCCCGUCUCUGCCUCCGUCGUCACGCGCCCACCGUCCCCUCCCGAGGACACAGUGGUGUCGCAUCAGGGCCCACCCCAGAGACGCCACGUGGUCACCUGCAGAGACGCUAUCUCCAAGUAGGCGGCCGGUCCCAGGCACCAGGGUUAGGACUUUGGUGCAUCUUGGGGGGACACGUUUCACCCCAGGACAGGCAGGGCCCGGCACGCGUCUGCUCCCCCGUCCGCCAUCCGGAGUGCGUGCUGGCGCUCCCGUCGUACGGAUGGGGAAGCCGAGGCCCUGAGACGGGCGGGCUGGGUCACACAGCCGGUCGUGGUGGGGCCAGACGGGGCCGCACCCAGUCUGCCCCAGGGCUGCGCUCAAGCACUAAGGGUCACAGCCUCCGGGAGGACAGGAGCAAGGCCUGGUGGCGGGGACGCUCAGGUUGGUGGUCAAGUCCAGAGGCCCCGGGAUGGACGCUCGUCACCCUGAACGCUUGCCUGGUGGCCUUCAGUGAAGCCCGAGCCCCCGGAGGCCCAGCAGGGAGCACGGAGGCCUGGGGGCAGGUCACAUGUGGGGUGCACAGCCCCCAGGGGGCUGCUCGGGGGCACGGGCCGGCGUCCCUUCUGGUGGUUGCCGCCGUGGGAGGAACAGGCCGGCUUCUGGGGGGGUUCAGGUGGGAGCGGGGCCGGGAGGCGGCUGGCAAGGUGACCAGACCCCCCAGGACGUGCUCGAGCAACCCCGUCAUCACCUGGCCACUCACCUGGCCUAGCGCGGAGGCGGAGUCGGUGCAGAUGGUUUGCCUGCAGCCCGGUGAUGCCCGUCUGUAGAGAGACCCUCACGUAGAUGUUGCCUCUGAAAAAACCAUCCUCUUCCUCCCUCUUGGCCUCUGCUUUUUUCAGAGUGUUGUGGGGGCCUCGGUGUCCCCUUUGCCCUGGGCACGGGCUGCCCACUAGGUAACCCUGGUGACCCUCGGGCUGCCCUGGGAGCCGGUCUGCAGCCUACAGAUGAGCACCUGGGCCCUGGGUGGGGGGGGGAGGGUAGGGGAAGGCAGAUGUGGGCAGCACCCUGCCCCCCCCCCAUGCUCACCCUCUGCGGGGAGGUCUCAACUCCAGGCCUUAAUUUCCUCACGGGAACUGACCUGUCCCGGUCCCUCGGGCCCUGCACCUGUCCGGCCCCAGCCAGUCACGCUCUGCCCCCUCCGUCCUGGGGCGGGGGGAGGGUGCGGGCAACUCCCCGGGGCCACACGCCGGGCCAUCCAGUUGCCAAUAAACAAGUGCCCCUUUCUCGUGUCCGGGAGUGGCUCGCAGGGCCCCAGGGGCGCCAGCCCCUUGCGAAGAACCUUGACCUCCCUUUGCUGCUGACGCACAGCUCGGGGGUCCGUGCACUUUGGCUGAGCGUCCACGAGACGCCCUUGCUCAGCUCGGGGUGCCAGGGAGCACCCGUCACCUGCAGAAUUUCCCUGAGCCGCUGCUUCUCCCCCUCCUCCCCUGGAGGCCGCUUGUUUGGGGGCGCCUGCGCGUCCCGGUCCUUUCCCUGUGUUCCUGGGCACUCCCGCAGCAUUCCUGGGCAGGCCCCGCGUCUGACUCCAGGGCCCCCGACCCACUGCCCUCAGUGGCCGUCCCCCACCUGCGUGCUGCCCCGAGGGAAGGGAGCUCCGGGCCCAGAGCUGACAGUCCAGCGCCCGAGGGCGAGCCCCAGCCCUGCCCGGGCGGCCGUGAGCAAGCCCUGGACGGCGAUUCAGCCUGGGGACGGGGCAGGGCUCAGAGUGACGCCCAGAGCCCUGACCCCCCACUGCUACGCUGGUGGGACGGGAGUCUCCUGAAGUCAAGGAGGCCCGCGGCGGCCGUGCCCUGCCAGUCUUGUUCUCAUCACUGUUCACGCAGCAGGAUGCCCGCUGGAGCUCCACGGUGCGGGGACUUCCUGCGCACCUGCCGUGGGCUGGGCACGGGGAUGCAGGAGGGCAGACACCCGACCCCAACCUCGUGGACCUUACCUCGUGCCGGGAAAGGAGCUUUGGUAAAAGAACCAGAGGGCGGUGAGGGAUACGGGCCCGAAGCUAUGGGGCGGGGCUGGCGGAGGGUCCCUGCGGAGCCUGAGGACCACUGUCCUCGCCCCUGGGGAGCUGGUCCACCAGACACAGGCCGCCUGGGGCCGAAGGACUGCCUCCCAGGCCCUGUUAGGGCUAAAACAAGGGGUUUGUUGGACUUUAGAGGGGAUGAAGCCAGAGCCUCCCUGGGGCAGCAGACUCGGAAAGGGGCAACCUGCUGGCCCAGGACAGGGCACCCGGCUCAGAGUGACACGCAACCCGCCAGGUGAACCAAAGGAGCAGCACCCGUGGGGCGGCCCCGGCCACUGCCGAGAAAGACGCGCCGAAGAACAGUGUCCUCUGCCUCCUGGGGCGCCCAGCGGAGUUCAGGUGCUGGUCACACCCGCUCAGCGGGCUAAACGCCAUUGUCGUUGGCAUUCAAGGCCCCACGGAGGCCUGUGAAAUGCUAGCCGCUCCGAACGGAUGUGCAAUAUGAGGCCAGCCUCUGGGGGCCGAGGGUCCACCCUCCACCGCGUCUUGGGGGGCUCAGGCCUAGCCUUUGCACCGCCCCGCCCUUCAAGGCUCCGCAGACGGGUGCCCGGGGAGCCUCUCCCCAUCCUCUGUGCAGACUUGACCGUCUCCUCCGUGGCUCGCCCACCUUUGAUCUGUCCUUCAUACACGCCCAUCCUUCCCUCUUCUGGUCGCCGUGCCUCGAUUUUUAUUUCGAGGAUCUUGCCCCAUCCCGGACCUGUGGGCAGAAGCUGGCCACCGUCCCCCGCGCACACUGCCCCGAUUACCCCCUUACGUUACCCCCCCCCCGGUAACCCAGGGUCGCCCAAUCAGCACAUUCCGCCCGCGGGCCACAGUGCUCUGUUGAGGGCUGGACACCCCGCCUAAGUCAGUCCAAUGAGUGUCUUCCUGGGGACUUGCUGGGAUUCUGGCAAAGACAGACUCUCUUUUGACCAUUAUUUCCACAUCGUGGGAGGAAAGCCGAGAGCCUACCUAGGAGUGAGGCCAAAACAGAGGAGAGCAGACCUCAGGAUAGAAGUCGAAUUUCUGAUAACAUCGCUUAAGCCCCUGGAUCCAGCCGUGCCUGAAGCUGAACACACCUAGAUCUCUUCUUAUGCCAGUCAGUCUCCUUUCCCUUAAGCCACUUUGAGGGAGGCUCUUUCACUUUGAAUCAAGAGUCCUAACUAAACAGUCUCCCCCGGAGGCUUCAGGCGUUUAUCAUUUACGAGUUUAAGCCCAGCUCUUACGGGUGACAUUCAAGGCCUGCCCGGGCCGGCCUCAAGGCCCCUCAGGUCACCUCCCGGGUCCUCCAGCCUCCCAGACUGCUCACCUGCCCCAGGCUUUGUCCACUAGACGGGCGCUCGGGGCCCCCGCUCUUCUCCCCACUAAUACCCGUCAAAUACGACCUGUGGCCCAAGGUUCAGCUCAGACGCUACCUUCUCCGUGAAGCCUCCCUCUUCUCUCGCGGCUGUGGGAGCACCGAGUCCGUGCGACCCUGACUUGCGCCUGCAUCUGCCUUCCUGGCGGCCAGGAGGCCCCUGAGGCAGGACGACACCGUGCCCGCCCCCCCGACCCCCGACGGCCCAAGGAAGCUGGACUCUAUCCCAGCCCAAUGGGAAUGUGAUGAAGGGUUUUCUCUUUUAAAGCAAGAGAACAUUUUAAGUUUAUCCAAUUGGUAAAAAUCGAAGCAUCUGAUGACACCCUCCGUCGGCAGAGCUACGGGGGAACCCGACUAACCGUCAAAAUCACGCCGCGUGGUCCUUUGGACUCAGCAGGCCCACUUCUGAGAAUUUAUCCCGCAGAUAAUCUUGCGCUGGUCAAGUGUAGACGUUACGGAAGCUGAGCCGGUGUCGCCAAGGCCUGGGACCCCUAACUGUCCCUCAGCACGGGGACCGGUGGGAUGCGCCGGCCCCUCCCGACACCAGGACACGCCCGUGAAACCUUCGCACAGGGCACCCACCGCUGCAAAGUGUGUGUAAGACCUGCUAGCUCGUGUGUCUGAAAAAAAAAAAAAGUGGGGGUGAGAGGACAGAAUCUCACUUCUGCUUGUUCAGCAUUAGGAAACCCUGAGGGAAGCCUGGGACGAGCCCGAACACCGGCUACCUGCGGGUAUGGGCCGACCCCGCAGACGGCCGGCAACAGCUGAAGGAAGACUUUUUUUUUAAUAAAUCUUUUCACAUUCUUGGAGUUUUUGACCGCAGGAAUGCAGUACCUGGAUCUUUCUUUCUUUCUUUCUUUCUUUCUUUCUUUCUUUCUUUCUUUCUUUCUUUCUUUCUUCUUUCUUUCUUUUUUUUUAAGUAGAGGAGAGCUGUAGGUUUCAUUUGCUCCUUAGCUCACUCGGGCUGCAGGGCAGAGGGGGCCCUGGAGGAGGGGAAGCGAGCCAGGGAGAGCAGUGAGCAAGAAGGGGAGGGAGCCCCCCCUCCCAGAAGAGGCGCCGCUGAAUCCGGGCACCGCUGGGAGCUGGCUGGGUGGCAGCUGCUCCCUGCCCCGUCGCUGAGCAGAAACAAGGGACAAUCACCCGCUCUGGAGCCAGUUCCAUCAGAGCCUUUGGAGUGAUGGGGAGAGUGGCGCUGCCUGGCGCCCGUCCCUCCCCCUCCCCCGGAGUCGGGCAGGCAGGGGCUGCUUGGGACAGGCAGCCCGGGGUGAUGGAACCCGGGGUUUUGUGUCCUCCUUCCGCCUCCAUUAACUGUGUGGAUUUGAGCAAGUCAUUUGCUCUAUCUCCGCCUGUUUGCUCAUCCAUUAAAUAGAAUAACCCACGUGCAUGGUUGUCGCAUUUUGAACGAGGUAAGAUAAUGCCGAGGGCUUGGCCGCAGCGAGACCCGCUGAACCAUCCUCACGACCACCGUCAUUGUUACAAAGCAGGUUUCACCCAACUCAGGGCAGCAUUUAUGUGCUUAGAGUUGCAAAGCACCUCAAUAAACAGGAGCCAUUUACUCCCCAAUUAGCUUUUCUUCAACUGUGGGGGGGAGUAUGUUUUCUUGGGCCACCGAGGCUGGGUCUAGCUUUGUGACUCUAAAUUGUCUGUUGGGAUGCUGGCAGGAGUAGAGCAAGCCAAGACCUGAAAUAUGGGAGCCUGCGGGGACUUGACAGCUCCUCCGAGGGAAAGCCAUGCCCAGGGAGCCCGCUGGGUCCCAAAGGCCGAGAGCUGCGGCACAGACUUGACCCCAGCUGGAGCCCGGAGCCAAGAGAAGCUGGUCCUUGCACAGAUCUCAUGACGCCCAGCGGACCCUAGUGAUCGAAGCCACCAAGUUUAGGUGGUGCCGUGGCUCACCCCCACCUCCGCAGACGGUCCCCCCUGCCUCGAGCGCUCCUCCCCUACUGCACCUUCACCGCAACUCUCUACCCUUCAGGACUCAGCUCCCACCAGGACGCCUUCAGGGGUGCCCCAAGUCUGGGCUGGUUGUCCUGCGAUGUGACCCCAUAGCCCUUUGGAUUGCUUCUGCCCUGUAUUUUCAGUGACCUUCUACUUGUCUCUCUCUCCCCACGAGGUCAUAGUCCAUGAAGGCAAAGACUGAACAUCCCCAGCUCCUGGCAUAGAUACACUCACGGUAAAUAUGUUUGACCGAAUGAAUUCCCUGCGCCUUGAAGCCUCCGUCUGCCCACCUGGAGAAUGGGGACUGUCUCGUCAGAACUGGGCCAGAGCGCUGCCCUUGCGUUGCUUCGCUGCAGGAGGAGGAAUGAACAGGUGCCUGUUGCUCUCCAGCCACGCCAUCCCUCGUUGCCGUCACCUCCUCCCCGACUCUUGUCAGAAGGACCCGAGGUGAAGGACGUGGCUUCUCAGCAGACCGGGGAGCCUUUGUUCUGCACAGGCCACCUGACGGAGGUGCUGCUUGUACCUACCUGGCUUGCGUGGGGAGGGAAGGGCCUCUGCCCAGGCUGCCCCCGGGCGCCCUGCUCUGCCCGCCACAGUGCCCUCCGGGUGCAUCUGCUUUGGCUUGACAAAAACAACUCUGCAGGGCGGGCGGAGAGGGAGGACUGGGGGCAGCUGACGUGUAACUGGGUCCCUCCCACAUGCCUUGAAGUCGCUUCAUCCCUACCACCCUCCCCGAAAGGAGGAUUGUAUCCCCCAUUUUUCAAAGAAGAAAGUGAAUCACCCACCUUCUCCAGUGGUGGGAUUCUAACCCAGGCUGGCUGACCCCAAGGUCAGUUCCUCCUGCAUGCAAUGGCCUCCGCACCCGGCGACGAUCUGCUGUGCCUCGGUGGUGCCGGCAGCGUCGACGGGGACAGAGAGCAUCGAUGACACUAUUACGAUAAAAAGAGAGAUGCGCUAAAUAAAGUGUGUACAGCGCCCUGCGGUUCCAGAGCUGCCGUCUCAUCAGUUUCUCACGACUUUGCCAAGCAGGCCGACCAGCGCCCCCUCUUUACGGAGGAGAAGCAUGAGGCUCAGGAGGUGAAGUGAUUUCUUCCAAGAUCCCACAGUAAAUGGCGAAGCUGAGGCGAGACUCCCCCCGCCUUGUCCCCUGGAUCCCUGAAUUCCAAGGGUCCCACUCGGAGACUCUGGGCCGCAGGGGGGCUUUGAGGCAUCUGAUACCUUGGGACACAUCCUUUCCCCGUGGUCAGACCAUCAGGCUGCCUGGGUUCCAACCCGUGGAAGCCACAUGAGCUGAGUCCCGACACACCAGUCUCCACUGCUGCCUACCAAACCACUUCAAACACCAGUGGCUUAAACAACGGCCAUUUAUUUAGCUCAUGAGUCUGUAAGCUAAUUAAAUUAAGCUGGGCUCAUCUGGGUGGUUGUUCUGAUCCUAGAUGCGCCCUCCUGCGUCUGCAGUCAGCUGUGGGUUAGCUGAGUGGUUUUGCUUUGGG